AUGAGCUUCCAUAAACUAAUGUUAGAGAGACCUCAUUACACAACUAAAAAAAUAUUAUAACCUCUUUUUGGUUAACCUAAAAAAGAUGACUUAAUUUAAUAUCCAAAUACUCAUAGAACAAUAACCUUUUAAAAGCCUUACAAUGUUGUUGAAAUAGAGAGAAAGACUUUGCAUUAAAAAAAUGAUUCUAAUCAGUCUUAAUCAAUUAAUCUAAAAAAAUAAAGAGUUUAAGAAGCUUAUAAUACAUUAUCAGAUUUUAAUGAUAAAAAAUAAAUAAUUGCAUCAUUAAAAACUUUGAAUUCUGCUGAUGAGAGGUUAUACUUUUAUUAAAUAAAAUUAGAAUACAAUUAAUUGAUAAAAUUUUAGAAAGAAAGGAUGAAAUGAUGAUAGCUUAAUUAAAAUUGAAAGCAGCAAAAUUAGAACCUAUAUUCAAUGUGAUUCGUAGAAAAUUAAAAUAGUAACGAUUAGUGAGUGCUACUCCAAAAUAAUCAAAGAAAGGAACUAUGAUAAUACGUCAAAAGACUUCAGAUGAAUUAGUUUAAUAAUCAUUAGAAUGUAGUAAAGAAAUCAAAGAAGAAAAAUAAAUAAAGACUUUAGAAACAGAAACUAUACCUGAAAAUAAAAUUAUGGAAAAAAUUUAAUCUAAAUUUACUGCUGGAGUCGCUUUUUCAUGGUUAGCUAAUCGUCAUGAAAAUAAAUAAAGUAUAAAUUAAAUUAUUAUCAAAGUUUAAAAUGAAAAUGAAGUAAGUGAAAGAUAAUUUUUAAGAAGAUCUACAGCUUUAUAAUUUGGAAAAAAUACUCUUAGCAGAUUAAAAUAAUAGGUUUCAAAAAAAGUAAGUGAAAACUCAGAUUAAUUAAUAAGAUAAGGAUUUUUGAAAUUAGAACCAAAACGAGAAAAAAACUGUUAUAAAAAUAUAUAAUCUAAAAUUGAUUCAGGUAUAAUCAAACCUCAAAUUAAUCCAAUUUAAAAGGUUAACACUAUUAAAAGAUAAAAUACUUUAGGAUUUGUAACAUCCGAAAGAAAUGAAAUAUCAACAUUUAGACAAGCAUAAGCUAAUAAUCAAUAAACUCUAUAAUGA